AUGCGCACUUGUCAUCACUGGCAGUUUGAAACUAUGGCGGCGACGGAGUGUUUAUGUAUAACAGAGCAAUGGAUCCGAGACAAGCUCAACCUUCAGCAUAAAUGUCUGGCGGAUGUUCGAUCAUUAUGCCUCCCUGGAACGUAUGAAACUGGAAAAAUCGGUCAUUUGGGAAUUUCUCUCAAGAACUUUGUCCGUAUAAAAAGUCUGGACCUGUCUUACAACGCGCUGGUUUCAGUAGAGGGCAUCCUGCAUCUGAAGCUGCUCGAGAAGCUCAACCUUUACUACAACAGAAUUUCAUCUCUGCAGGACAUCCUGGCUUUAGGUCACCUUCAAAACCUGAGAGAACUGGACCUGAGAUUAAACCCUGUCGUUAAAAAAGACCCGUAUUACCGCCUGUACUUAGUCCAUGCCAUUAAUAAGCUGCGAAAGCUCGAUGACUGUCCGGUCAGAGACAGAGAGAGGAAAGCAGCUCUGAUGCACUUCUCUGUGGAGUCAGACGUCGAACCCAGUCAAAAAACUCCCUCUAUUAAAGAGGAGACGAAGCACAGAAGUAGUGGCCCAAGGAUCGCCUCUGUGAACAGGAUGAUGAUGUCCAAGCUCACGCUCCGAGAGGGCAACGAGGAGACUGUUCUGAAUCACAGAUUUGAAGAGAACAGGAACGCAGUGACUCAAGAAGAGUGGGACAGACAGGAGGGCGCUCGUCCACCAGGUACCCAGCACCCUGUAGGAGAGCGCCCCUCGGCUGAUGCCCCCAAAGUGACUUUCGCUGAUCUACCUUCUGCACAGCUUUUAGAAAAAGCAUCCGAGGACCUGAAACAAAGCAGAACAGCGGCGGAAAUCAACUUCACACCACAUCCAGGCUACAAAAACACGGCAAUCAAAGAUGAACAGUCAGCUUGGUCGUUAAAGAAUCACGCAGAGAGGAAACGAAACUCAGCGCUGCGCUCAUCGAGUCUAACGUUUCAGCUCCCGGACGAUGAAGAAAACACACCUGAGCGAGAUGCUGGAGUCUGCAAGGAAGCGCACAGCAAGCCGAUGGAGCUGCUCCUCAGUCUGGUGGAUGAGUACUGGUCUGGAAACAGGAAUCACACCACCAAGCACUUCUUCACCCACGCCGUGAGGAUCCUCUGCAUGAUGGAGCAGGAGGUUUCUGAUAGAGAAACUGAGAUGAAGCUUCCGAGACAGAAGAUCCAAAAACUAAACGGCCUGCUGAUAAAGCAGGAGGAACAACAUCAGUCUGAGAUCCAAAAUGUAACAGAGAAGCUGCAGCAAGCAAACGGCAAGAUCGAGCACCUCGAUGAGGAGUUGAGGAGCGUCCUGGAGGAAAACGUGUCCCUGCAGAAGCAGCUGAUCAGAUUACAGCAGCAGAUCCUCUCAGACAAGCUGAAGGAGAUGCCAGAACACACCGGACCGAGGUGAUCGGCACAAUCUCACCCGCGAGACACAAGCGACGACAAAGCACCAACACGCCAAGGCUGUUUUAUUUCCUUCUUUUAUUUAAUUGUAUUUUUUAUCCGUAACGACGCUACAAAACACAAACAUGUUAAAGUCUGAACAUGUCACAUGAACAUUCUGUUAUCAUGAACGUAGAACAUGCAGCAGGCAGUUUUCUACCACAAUGUUACCUAAAACAUACCGACUUCUAUUCCUAAAUAACAGAGUACUACAGUGUUCAAGCACACAGACGCGCUAAACCGCUCGUUCAGCUCCCUCAAAACCUGAAGUUCUGGUAGAAAUCCGAGUCGGUUCUUGAGCUUGCAGGAACGUUUGUAACUUUAAACUGGAAAAAUAGACGUUCUGUAGAAGAAUAAGUCUGUACACGCUGCCGUCUUUUUCCCAGAAACCUGAAAAUAUUUCCUCUCGCUUUGAUCACUCGUGGUUUUUAUUACACACAAUACACUUCAUGAUCUGUUAGAACUGGCCGUCGAACGAUACGUGUGUUUAUGUAAGGUACAGCAACAAUACAAAAGUUUAAGGGUUCCAUUAGCAAACACUUACUUUGUAUUACAGUAUUUUAAAUGUAUUUAUUUUCCCUUUUUUAGUGGACUAUUUUAGCAGUAUGCGCUUUUCCCCUUACCCCAAAUGUAGUCAUUUAUCCCGGACAUGUUUCGCUUCCGAAAUAAUGUGGCUCCGAAGUAACGGAAGCAAACUAGUUGCCUAAAUUCUCUCCAUUAGAAAUAAUUUUCCCCGCCCUUAUGCAGUUCUCUUGAGACUAUUACAUGCUACCCAUGUGAACAGCGGUGGCUCAGUGGUUAAGGUACUGGACUAGUAAUUAGAAAUUGCCACUGUUGGGCCCCUAAGCAAAGCCCUGAAUCCUCACUCGCUCAAACUGUAGGUCGCUUGGAUAUAAGGUUGCUUGGUUAUAAGCGUCUGCUAAAUCGCAACUGUACGGCAGCAACGAAGCCUGGUCGAGUUCCAUCCCUCCCUCGGGCACAGCCAGUUGCCAUACUAGGCUCCACGUGACCCAUGUGACCAGUCACAGAUCAGUCGCCAGACCCAUGGCAGCAUCUCAUUUUGUGACCAUUCAUAUAAGGACCCGUCCUAAUUAAAUGUAGCUGCUGGACUGACUCCUCAGUUCAAUAUAAAUUCCCGUGAUAUGUAUAUAUAAAACGCAGUCCGGACGCAUCCCUGACCAGUGUGAAAAAAUGUACGUGUGUGUACGUUCAGCGUGCUUAAAGCGUCCCAGCAUAAAAGUUCUAAUGAAUUCUGAAUCCCUGCUGUUUACUCUCACUUCUGUCUGAUAGGAAAUAAAGAAUAAAGAAAAAUGAA